CUGACCAAAAAAAUAGCAGUUGCUCCCAAUCUCCAGACGACGUAUCCUCUCUCUCUCUCUCUCUCUCUCUCUCUCUCUCUCUCUCUCUUUAGGCCUAAGCUGUCCUUCGCUGGAUGCCUUGUUCAUCUUCUUCUCCUCUAAAAUCACUUGUCGUUGAUUCGGCUGCUUAAAAGCUCACGCUGAGGAUCCGAAGGGAGUAUGGAUUUGGUCUUACUGACGGAAUCUGUCUAGCCCAGCCCAGCCCCUCUUAUUGGUCUUUUUUUUUCCUUUUCUCUCUCUCUCUCUCCACGACGUGCUUUUCCGGUUUUAUUUCUAUGCGUUCUACGAAAUCUUCGUGAAUUUCAGGUUAAUAGAAGUCGCUUCUUUCAUUGUAUUGUAUUGUCUUGUCUUGGUUGGAGGAGUGAUUAAUUAUCGGAAGGCAAUGAUGGAUUCUUCUUCAAUACAAGGAAAAGAAUUUGAUCCAUCAAAAUGCACUAGUAAUAUGAGUAUGGAGGAGAAGAGGGAGCUUGUUUAUCAACUGUCAAAUUGCUCCAAUGGCACUGCUUCUGAAAUACUGCAAAAAUGGAGUCGCCAAGAGAUCUUACAGGUCCUCUCAAAUGAGACAGGAAAAGAAAGAAAACUUACUGGCUUGACCAAGCUGAAGAUCAUAGAGAAUCUUCUCAAAGUUGUCUCAGAAAACAAACUUCUAGAGCAGCAUGAGUCUAAACCAAACAUCGAUUCCAUUAGCCAGAGGGCUAACAAGCGUCAAAGAAAAGCUGACCAACCCAUUCCAUCAAAUCGCGAAUCUAGCAGCAACAACAGUGAGACUGAUAUACAAGACACUCUAUUCUGCAAGAACACGGCUUGUAGAGCGAGAGUAAGUCGAGAAGAUGUCUUCUGCAAGAGGUGUUCAUGUUGCAUCUGUUUUCAGUAUGAUGAUAAUAAAGACCCGAGCUUGUGGCUAACCUGCAGCUCCGAACCUCCCUUUGAAGGCGACUCGUGUGGCCUGUCGUGUCAUCUUGAAUGUGCUUUAAGACGUGAAGAACAAUGUGCCAUAACUAAAGAAGGAUCUGAUGGGAUUUUCUUCUGCAUAUCUUGCAAGAAAGCCAAUGAUUUGAUAAGAUGCUGGAGAAAGCAAUUGAUGACGGCUAAGGAUACUAGACGGGUUGAUGUAUUAUGCUACCGUAUCUCCUUGAGUAGGAAACUUCUUGCUGGUACCAAGAACUAUCAGAAGCCUUAUGAACUUGUAGAUGAAGCAGUGAAGAAUCUUGAAGCUGAAGUUGGUCCUUUAACUGGUGUACCUGUCAAGAUGGGUAGAGCUAUUGUCAACAGACUCUCAUCUGGUCCUCUCGUUCAAAAGCUAUGUUCUUCCGCCUUGGAUUCCCUAGAUAUCCUGCUUGCCAAGAAUAUGAAAGUUGUUAGAGAAUCGAACUUUGUUGGAUUUGAAGACGUCAGCACCACUUCUCUUACAGUCAUAUUAGGAUCCGAAGAUUCACAUUCAGGAGAUUCCAUCAGUUAUGCACUGUGGCAUCGUCGUGCUGAAGACACAGACUAUCCGACAGAAUCUACUCGAAUUGUGACAUCUAAAACAAAGUUUACACUAUUUGGUCUAACUCCAGCUACUGAAUACGUUUUUAAGGUUGUUUGGUCCGACAAUAACAAAAAUCUAGGAACAUGUGAAAUUCAAUGCCGAACUGUUGGUGAAGAAAUGAGUCAGAGUCCUGCAACUAAUUCAAGCAGUUUGUCUAAUCCAUCUUCUGUUGAAGACGAAACAAACACCAACACGAUAGACGACGAUUGUGAAGUUUAUUAUGAGAAUGCCACCACCUGUGUUUCUAAUGAUGAAACUGGUCGAGCGAUAAAAACAAAUAAUAAAGAAGGAACUUCGAAGGUUGAUUUGAUGCCAGAUCAUCAUCAUAUAGACUCGCAAGCUGUAUUGCCGAUUACGCCCUGCAGAUUGGAAGGAGGGUCGAACAACAACAACGUUAUGGCGAGAAAGGGUAGGAAACCAGAUAAGAAGGAGAUUGAAAGUGGAGGAGGAGGAGGGCAAGAUGGGAAUAUGGAACUUGAACAGUGUGUGAAGGUGAUGAGACGAUUAGAAUGUGAAGGACAUAUCGAUGCUAACUUCAGGCGGAAAUUCCUGACAUGGUAUAGCCUAAGAGCAACUCCUCGAGAAUUGAAGACUGUGAAGGUUUUUAUCGAUACCCUUUUCGAAGAUCCACCAUCUCUUGCUGGGCAGUUAAUAGACAGCUUCUCGGAUAUUGUUUCAGGUAAUCGUUCUUCAACUUUUCCUUCUGGGUUCUGUUUGAAGCUUUGGCAUUGAUAUCAUUUAAGCGAGGCCUUACUGUUAUUACAAUCAUUCAUCAUAUGUGUGAUGAUUCUGUGACCAGCUGAAAGUGUUUAGAUUAUUUAUGCCAUUCUUGGAAAUAUAAGAGAAUGGUGGGAGGAUGCAUUUAACUAAUUGAACCUAUGUUAUAUUUGGGGUUAGGACUUAGUAUUUAUGGAAUCAUCUUGAAUUUGAC